AUGUUUGACUUGACAAUAGACGGAGAAGUUAAUGAUCAACAUACCCAUGCAAACAUAGCUAAAGGUGUAUCAAAAGAUUACAUUGAUCAUGGUGACCAGAAUGUUGUAUGUCAAAUAUGUAAUGCAAAGUUAUGGACGGAUGAAUCUAUUAGAGGAAAAGAUAAACAGAAUACAAGUUUUUCACUAUGUUGUGGUUAUGGCAAGGUUGAGUUGCCAGAUUCUAAAGAAGCGCCGCCAACUUACCUAAAUAUUUAUCGUUCAACAGAUUCUAAAUCCAAAUACUUCAUUAACAACAUUCGUCGUUACAAUUCAAUGUUCUCAUUUACCUCAAUGGGUGGGAAAGUUGAUGCAUCCAUUAACAAUGGAAAAGCUCCAUACAUAUUCAGACUUGGCGGUCAAAAUUAUCAUAGAAUUGGAAGUCUGUUACCCUCAAAUGGAUCUAAACCAAAAUUAUCUCAGUUAUACAUAUAUAUCACCGACAAUGAGGACCGACAACAAGAUGCAUCUACAUCAACUUCUGAUUCAGUUGAUCUUCAGAUUAUACACGAUUUGAAACUUAUGUUGGAUUCGAAUAAUGUGUUGGUUCAGUCUUAUAGGAUGGUGAGAGAUUGUUUCCACGACAAUCCUCACAUUGACCUUAAGUUACGCCUUAUUGGAAAAAGGAUACAAGAUGGAAGGACAUAUAAUCUACUGUCUGCAUCUGAGGUUGCUGCUCUAAUUGUUGGAGACAUUGAUGAUUCUUUUCAAAAUAGAGAUAUCAUUGUGGAAAAUUCAUCGGGAUCUCUUCAACGUAUUAGUGAAUUACAUCCUUCUUAUCUCGCUCUUCAGUAUCCUGUUGUGGUUAGGCUUCCUUUUCAUCUUCCUGGUCAACAACAAGGUAUUUAUGAUCCAAAUGAUGAUAUCGACAAUAUCCUUGACAAAUUGUCUAUUGAAUCUUUAAUGUUCACAUCUUGGCUUGAGUGUAACAAGAUCUAUAAAAAAUCCCGAGAUCUUACUUAUGUUGAAUUCCCUACAAAGUUUGUGUGGAAAACUAAAUCACGGAAAUGGAAACCAAGGGAAAUAGGAUUUUCAAUUGGGAGAAUUCAUGAUGUUUCACCUAAACUUGGUGAAGCAUAUUUCUUAAGAAUUCUUUUAAACAACGUCAGAGGUCCAACAUCUUUUGAAGAUAUCCGAACAGUAAAUCGAGGAAUAUGUCCUACUUUUAGAGAUGCAUGUUACGCUUUAGGGCUUCUAGACGAUGAUAGGGAGUAUAUUGAAGAUAUUAAAGAAGCAAGCCAUUCAGCUACUGGUUAUUACCUACGGUCAUUAUUUUCAAUGAUGUUGAUCUCUGAUAGUUUGGGAAGACCAAAAUUUGUUUGGGAAAAUACAUGGGAAUACCUUUCAGACGGAAUUCUUUACAAUCAACGACGCCGGUUAAAGUCUCCUGAUUUAUCCCUUACUGAUCAUCAAUUGAAGAACUUAACUUUGUUUGAGAUUGAAUCAUUUCUACUUCGUAACAAUUCCACCCUUAAGAACUUCACAGACAUGCAUUACCCAGAUUUUGAUUGUGUAUCUUCUUCUAAUAAUCGUUUGAUUGCUGAGGAGUUAUCUUAUGACAUGACAAGUCUUCAAAACGAAUUUCAGACACUGACUGUUUCAUUAACAAAUGAACAACGAGGUGUUUUUGAGGAUGUUAUGGCAGCAAUUGAAGAUAAUAAAGGA